UGGGGCAAAAAGUAGUUUUGUACCAAGUACUUCCGGUGGGGUCAUCGACUCGCUUUUUCUUCGUGAUUCUUCCCCGUGUUUACCCACGCGUGUUUUACUCUCGUGUGAGAAUGUGUUUUGGCGGCAGCUACAUUUAGCAAGUGAAUAAUAGCGUCCAGAGGCCGGUUCAGUUUAACGCUCCGUUUGAACGACUGUACCAACGCGGUGAGACAAGAGAGGCAAAAGAGGAAGCAGUAGCCAACCAUCUUUCUUCUCCUGCCAGCAAUAACAAGAAAGAGAGCAGGCUAGGUCUAAGGAGAGCUGUGUAGUUUGAGUUUAGCGACUGUUUUACACAACAUUAAGGAUUCGGGUUCAACCGUCCGAGUGUUGCGGUGCAUUAUAUUCAAGCUCCCGGGCACUGAGGUCACCCCGUCGCCGGUAAUCCUGGAAGUUUGGGAUCAGAAGACUGGCUGUGAAGAAUCAGUAUUCCCGUUUUUUCAUGUUUCCAACAGGUUUAUCUUCCCCUAACCCCCCACCACCGCCAACCCAGGAGGCAAGACCAGCAGCCACUGAUGUCAAAACCGACAGCGGUAACAUCACAUCUCCGAAGAAGAGGAAAAUAAACGGCUCUGAGAGGGAAGACGCCGCUGACACCAUCUCACCCUCGCCUCCCAAGACCCUGAAUUCCCCUUCUCCCUCCUCCUCUCCCACUCCGAUACACAUCCAGAAGAAGUUGAGGUUUGACGACUCGGUGGAUUUCAUUGGACUGGAUGUGAAAAUGGCUGAGGAGGCUGCCGCAGCGGCUGCGUCUUGCUCGAACAACAAGAGCAGCAAAGCCAUGUUCCUGCCCGGCGGCGCGGGGCACCACGCAAACGGACUGACGAAGACCGCAGCCUCUGGCACUUUCUCCAACAAUAAACCCGGCGCUGCCAAGAAACUAGUCAUCAAGAACUUCAAAGAAAAACCCAAGUUACCGGAGAACUACACGCAGGAGACCUGGCAGAAGCUGAAGGAGGCGGUGGAGGCCAUACAGAACAGCACGUCAAUCAAGUACAAUCUAGAGGAGCUCUAUCAGGCCGUCGAGAACCUCUGCUCACAUAAGAUUUCUGCCAAGCUUUACAAACAGCUGCGGGCUGUGUGUGAAGACCACAUCAAGGCACAGAUUGAUCAAUUCAGAGAGGAUGCCCUGGACAGUGUGCUUUUCCUCAAGAAAAUUGACAAGUGUUGGCAAGAUCACUGCAGACAAAUGAUCAUGAUUAGGAGUAUAUUUUUGUUUUUGGACCGCACCUAUGUUUUACAAAAUUCAAUGCUACCAUCAAUCUGGGACAUGGGUCUGGAGCUGUUCAGGUUCUACAUCAUCAGUGACCUGAAGGUCCAGAGUAAAACCAUCGACGGGAUUCUGCUGCUCAUUGAGAGGGAGCGGAACGGAGAGGCGAUAGACCGCAGUCUGCUGAGGAGCCUGCUGAGCAUGCUCUCUGACCUGCAGAUUUAUCAAGACUCCUUUGAGCAAAGAUUUUUGGAAGAAACCAAUCGCCUGUAUGCUGCAGAGGGACAGAGGCUGAUGCAGGAGAGAGAGGUACCAGAAUAUCUUCAUCAUGUCAACAAACGUUUGGAGGAGGAGGCAGACCGAGUCAUCACAUAUCUCGAUCAGAGCACACAAAAGCCGCUCAUUGCUACUGUGGAGAAGCAGUUACUUGGUGAACAUCUAACUGCAACACUGCAGAAAGGGCUGACUCAUUUGCUGGACGAGAACAGAAUUCAGGAUCUGUCUCUUCUCUAUCAGCUCUUUAGUCGAGUGCGAGGUGGUGUUCAGGUUCUACUGCAGCACUGGAUAGAGUACAUAAAGGCUUUUGGAAGCACAAUCGUAAUCAAUCCCGAAAAAGACAAAACAAUGGUUCAGGAGCUGCUGGACUUCAAAGACAAGGUGGAUCACGUCAUCGACAUCUGCUUCAUGAAGAACGAGAAGUUUGUCAAUGCCAUGAAGGAGGCGUUCGAAACAUUCAUCAACAAACGGCCAAAUAAACCUGCGGAGCUCAUUGCAAAACAUGUAGAUUCAAAACUAAGGGCAGGAAACAAAGAGGCAACAGAUGAAGAACUAGAGAAGAUGCUUGAUAAGAUUAUGAUUAUCUUUAGAUUCAUCUAUGGAAAGGACGUGUUUGAGGCCUUUUAUAAAAAGGAUCUAGCCAAAAGGUUGCUGGUCGGGAAAAGCGCGUCCGUUGACGCUGAAAAGUCAAUGUUGUCAAAGCUGAAACAUGAAUGUGGAGCAGCAUUCACCAGCAAACUGGAGGGGAUGUUCAAAGAUAUGGAGCUUUCUAAAGACAUCAUGGUGCAGUUCAAACAGUACAUGCAGUGCCAAAACAUUCCUGGCAACAUUGAGCUGACUGUCAACAUCCUCACUAUGGGUUACUGGCCAACCUAUGUCCCAAUGGAAGUGCACCUGCCUGCUGAGAUGGUGCGACUGCAAGAGAUCUUCAAGACUUUCUACCUGGGCAAACACAGUGGCAGGAAGCUGCAGUGGCAAUCGACACUAGGCCAUUGUGUUCUAAAAGCUGAAUUUAAGGAGGGCAAGAAGGAGCUGCAGGUAUCACUUUUCCAAACACUCGUUCUACUGAUGUUUAAUGAAGGAGAGGAGUUCACCUUGGAGGAGAUCAAACUGGCAACAGGAAUAGAGGACAGUGAACUGCGUCGGACUCUGCAGUCACUCGCUUGUGGAAAAGCGCGGGUUCUCACCAAAGUCCCUAAAAGCAAAGAGAUAGAGGACGGCGACAAGUUUUCCUGCAACAAUGACUUUAAACACAAGCUCUUCAGAAUCAAAAUAAACCAAAUCCAGAUGAAAGAAACGGUGGAGGAGCAAGCCAGCACCACAGAGAGAGUCUUCCAAGAUCGUCAGUAUCAGAUAGAUGCUGCCAUUGUGAGGAUUAUGAAGAUGAGGAAGACUCUGAGCCAUAAUCUCUUGAUGUCCGAAGUGUACAACCAGCUCAAGUUCCCUGUGAAGCCUGCUGACUUGAAGAAGAGGAUAGAGUCUCUUAUUGACAGGGACUAUAUGGAGCGUGACAAGGAGAACUCCAACCAGUACAACUAUGUGGCUUAACGAAAGAAAAAGUGACAGAAAAAAAAGAGAUGCAGAUGAUGCAGACAGCUUGAAAGCUGUUCUGAGUGAUCGGUCUCUCAAUCUUUUUUGCUCCAGUGGAUGUUAACAUUUAUCAUCUUCAACCUAGCGACCGACGAGUGAAUGGAUACUGCUCGCUCCACAGGGCUUUUGUCAGGGGUCUUCUGAUCCUGUGGACUGCAUGCCCAUUGAAAAGAGAAUAUUGUCCAUAUUUCUCAGUGCCUCUGAGAGAGUUGGGCUACCGUGGACAAAGAAGACUUACAGAUGUUGUUUGUUUGCUCUUUUUUUCUUUCUUUUUUUUUAAUGGAGAGGAAAACUAUUUAUUUUCAAACUUAGAUUCUCCUUUGACCAUAGUUUGAAUCAAUAUGCUCUUUGUUACCAAGUCACUUUUUUUUCUUUUUGUUCACUCAGUAUCAAGCAAAUGCUGACACCCUUAACUUUGCUCUAAAUGUACCUACCACACAUUAAAAGUAAACAAAAAAAGGAUAAAAAUGAUUAAACUAAUGCUUGUUUCUUCAGCCAGUGUCAAAUGUGGGACUUUUGGACUAAUGUGGGACUUUUGGACUAACUUAAAGAUUAGGGAACUGAUGAUUGGUAAUUGAUCUGUGUCAGAUGAAUGAUCCUGCAGCAAGGUUUUACAAGGCCAUGGAGCUCUUUGAUAAAGCUGUGAUCAUAAAUACACAAAGUAUAGUUUGUGCCAAAAAAAAAAAGGAGCACUUCAUGUGUUAUAAGGUGUACUCAAGCUGCUAAAACAGUUCAGUUGUUUCAGUAUAUGCAUUUUUUUUUCUUUCUUUGUGUUUGUACAUACUUCCCAAAAGUUACAUGAUCCCAUCUGAAAAUCAGCUGCUUUUUAGGCUUUUGUUAACCCGUAGAAAGUAUACUAAAAGCACAAUGUCAUCCGAGCUCAUCCUCUCAUCUUCCCUGGCAUCAUAUCACACAUACACUAUAUUUUCUGGGUUUUUUUUGUAAGUCUCCUUGUGGGGCUUGUUGGCCUUUGCUAAAAAAGCAGGAGUGGAUCACCUCAAAAAAAGGUGAAAAAUAUGACUGAUAAUAGACAUGCCCUUGUUUGUACGAGUCUGUUAGAUUUAUUGCUUCAGAUUAAAACAACUGUUUCAA